AAAAUGUCUGACAAGUGGAUGAAAGAAAAAAACAUGACUGUGGAGAAGAUCGCAAACUUGAGGGAAAAGGGAAACAAGGCAUUCAAGGACCACAAGUUCACAUUGGCUGUAAACCUGUACACGGAGGCUGUCAAAAACGAUCCGUUAAACUACAUUUGUUACGGAAACCGAGCACAAGCCUACCUGAAGCUGUCCAAGUACAGGGAAGCCCUGUGUGACAGCAGGCGAUCUAUCACCAUCAACAAGAAGUGGGCCAAGGGGUAUUACCGGUAUGCGGAGGCACUGUAUGAGCUGGGAAUGCUGGACAAGGCACUGUACAUCAAUGUGCUUGGAUGCAGGAUGAGUCCGUUAUCAAAAGACGGGCAGAACCUAAAACAGUUGACUGAGCAAGGAGACAAAUUUAAAGAAGAAAAGGACAAAUUGUUAAAAUUGAAGAAAAAGAGUAGUUCCAAAAGAAAAGAUCUCCCGGAUCUUGUGAGCGAGUCAAGCGAUGGCCCGGACAGUGGAAAUGAGGCACCUGGUGUGGUGACCGACUCUGAUGAAAAUAACCCAUGUGUCAAGGUUAAUAAACUAAAGAAGAAACGUGAGGCGAAGAAACGUUUACUUCCAGACUACAAGACAGUCCUGUCUAGUGGGUCCCGCGCUGUCAUCAACAAGUUGUACAGCAUCGCAGCAACACACUUCCAGAAAGCCCUCGACAUGUACAACCACACAGAAUUCAUUAGAAAACAAGUGGAUCCCACUGAUGUGGUGGUUGUGAAAUAUUCAUAUGGAAUCGCUUCAGUGCUCACCGUACAGUUCAAGAGUAUCAUGUCUGCCAUAGACAUAUUUAACAGUCUUGUUGAAGAUGGCGGGGAUACAAAGUUUCCUGUUGCUUACUAUGGACUGGGAAAAGCAUAUGUGACACUUAACAGGUUCUCUGAAGCUGUAAAGCCGAUCAAGCGUGGCAUGUUGGCGUUGAAGAAUUGUCUGUGUGUUCCGCAUCAGUGGCCCGAGACUGACAUCGUGAUUCCUGAAACUGAUCCUCAUCAGUUUGAAGUUCUGCUGAAUGAUCUGCUACAUGAGUGUAACUAUCCGCCUCCUGCAGAUGCUGUCUGUCGAUUUCAUCGCCGUGAAGAAGGCGAGCGGCGCGUUAUUUAUUUCAAGGAUCCAGAUUUUAAGGGUUUUAUACGACUGUUUUGCCAUGAAUUGUGUAUUUUGGAAUUCCACUCCAGCUGUUGGAAAGCAUUCAAGGUCCGCUUUGGAGAAAAGGCUUCUGACAAGGAUGUGCUGGAUGAGCCGUGCCCGACACCCGACUGUCCUGCGUACAUCAACAGGAUCCUCGUCUUCAGACAGGACAGUACUCCAACAAAAGAGUUUGAGUCUUAUAAAGCUGUACCACAGCCCAAGAAGAAGAGGAUAAGUGGUGGGAAAACUACAUUAACUAAUGAAAUGAAGAUAGCCAGAAAAGCUGAAAAGAAAAUGUUAAGAAAACAAAAACGACAGGAGGCUCAUCAGUUGAAAUCUCAGGAGGAAGACGAUGUGGUUGACGUAGCGGACAAAAACAGAAACAACAGCGGAAACCAGCACUUUGAAGAGAAAACCAACACUGUGAUUAAAACCGACUUGUGCUUAGAGGACCUGCAGAAAGCUGGGGGCACUGUUCUCAAGAGAGAAGAUGAAAUUGUACCAUCGUAUAAAACAAAGCAAAAGAAAACAAAAAAGAAGAAAGAUAAAUCUAAAACUAUAUUACCUGUUGAGGUUAAUUUUGCUGACAAUAGGGAAAAACACCUUGAGAGUGAAUUCACAGUGGCAGAUGAAGAUGAAGAAUUGGGAAUGCAAAACCCGACUCUGCUGGAUGAAGUUGAGCCGUUCUCCGUUCCUGUCUCGAUACAAGACCAACUAGCAACAUUCCACAGCCAGUUCGAGGAAGAUCUCGCCAUACAGAACAACGAUGUCGCACAGAACCUCUUUAUAUAUUUUGAGGAGCUGCUCACCGAACAUGGGCCACUGGAGUUUGACUCACCAAUACUAAUACGAGAACUUGAAGACUUCCCGCAGGAGGCACAAAGUGUAAUUGAAAAGUGUGACGGACUUCGUGGAUUCUUCCAGAAAUCUCACAGAUUUGGAAUAAUGGAUAAUUAUGUGUGUGUUUUGAAAGACUGCGGCAGAGUGCGGCAGCUCUCGGAGAUGAAACAAGCUGAGUACCCUCUACUGGGUGUAGCUGGGAGGUUCAGUUCUAGAGCAAGUUUAGGAGCAGCCGGAACGUUUAGUUCCACUGGUUCGCUAGGCUCAAACACAUCGUUAGUUCACAAUGGAACAUUCGCUUCAGUGGGGGAGCUAGAUGUUUUAGGUUUUAACGAUUCUGAACGUGGUUCAUCUCAAACGGAUUUGAACAGGAAGGACAAGCUAGACGAUAACCCAGCAUUGUGUGUAUCUCCACUUACUGUUAGCAACAGACCGAAAAUGAAGCCAAUUAAACCACUUGUUCCACUUUCAAAACUAAAACCAAACACUCCCAAACCUCUGACUAGUUUAACAAAGACUAUACCACCAGAGUUUGAUCAUGACCCUCUUUUAAAAACAACUAGUUUGAACCCAUCCGCCGUUGAAUUUAAACCAUCAGUCACUGAAGGAAAUAUAUCACAUGUUGAUGAUUUGGAACAGUCAACGACUAAAAAAGAAAUUGUAACAAAAAGCUCAGGCUACAAUUCACUGGAUGAUUUUUCUUUGCCUUAUUCUGUGGUUUCAAAGAACUGUAAGGAUAGUGAGGAAGGACAGCAGAGUGAUAUAAACAACAUGGAUGAUAUAGACGAUAUACAACUUUUUCAAGAUUCUAAACAACUUGCUAAACAUGACGUUUGUGUUGAUGAUUCUGGAUCGGGCACUAGGCUGGAUUCUGUUACGAGCUGUGACCAACAGAACACUAGUUUGGUUGCUGGGGAGACGGCAAACUGGAGGGAGUGUGAAAACUGGGAUGAUGUAGACGACAUUUCUGAUACGAGCUCUAUGAAAGAGAUAGGCCGCUUAAGUGAGACUGAUGUGAGGAAAAACAGCACAUAUAUACAUGGGACGUCGAAACAGGACGACAUUCUGCCAAGUCGAAGUAGCUCACGAUCCUCAAACCACAGCGAUAUAAAUGCUGAUUUUCUCUUUCGUACCCCGUCGCCUGGACUACAGCAUUCAAAAUCUACCUACAACCCCCUCCCAGCCAAGACAACCCCUCCUUCAUUUUCUAAAGAACCAGUGUCAGAAAGAUCCCCUGAUAGAAUAAUGGAAAGUAGUCCGAUCCCUCUAUCAACAUCCCUUUCAGUUUCGUCAUCUGUUUUUCAACCAAAGGCACAUGUUGAAUCACAAAGCCAUAACGGCUUUUUAGCCCAACAAAACCAGCCUAUUUCACAGCCAGACAGUUACUUCACAUUAAACCAAAAGACUAGUAUUGGUUCUCCUCUACUGCAGAAUCCCCUGCUACCAUCUAAGACUCUACCCAAAGGAUUUCCCAGUCCGCCGUACCCUCUCUCUAGUUCUAAUUUGACCAUGCUGUCUCAGCCAGGCAGGUCUUUGAUAUCUGACCCCUCUGUUAGGCUGUCUGGUAAGCAGUCCACACCAAAUGUAGGCUUGCACAUAAGCAGUCCAAUAAGCAACCCAUGGAUGUCGAACCCUGUUAUUGGUAACCCUAAUGAUAGCAAGCCAUUAAUGUUUAAUGAAGGAAGUAAUAAUUCUGUUUUGGGGUUUGGUCACACGGAUAUGUCUUUUAGGUGGUCAGCUGGUGAGACCGAAAUUCCUUCAAGUAAGGACUUGACGUUUGAGCACACAUCAUUAUUCCAGCCACCCAUAGAUAAUAGAUCUGUGGAUUCGUUGGCUGGAUUAGGCGGCGACCCAUGGCUGAAGGCGAAGGUCACCAAUGAGGCGGAAACACAGACGGAGACCGAGGUCAUGUCGGUGGGCACAGGCACAGAGCUUGACCUUGACCUUCUUAUAGAGCACGGGAAGAAGCUGCAAGAGACCAAUGAGCUGCUGUUUGUGAAACUGCGACAGACGGAAGAUGAGAAAACACAGAUUCAGGCGGUGGGUCAGCAGUGGUUAAAUGAAAAGUCGAGUCUAGAGCAGCAACACUCGGCAGCCAAUCAGAAGAUCGGGCAGCUUGAACAGCGGACCAUGUUCCUGGUGCGAGAGAUCGAACAGCUCCAAAAUAACCUGAAAAUGCAGAAAGAAACUAAUGAAUACUUUUUAAAUCAACAGCAAGCUCAAAAAAACCAAAUUGAAGAAAAAGAGAAACAUUUGCUGGCUGAAUCGCAACGGGCUAGGAAGGCAGAGAUUGAGGUGCUGAAGCUGCGACUUCAGUUGAACCUUCAGCAGAUUAACCAAAUAAAACGAGAGGCUACCUUCCAUCAACACAAUAUCAACCUUUUUGCUUUAAAGUGUCAGAAGGAGCAGCAAGAGUUACCUGUCCAGACUAAGCAAGUUCUCGCACACUGGAAGAAAGUCCUCGCUAAGUGCGAGCUGAAGAUUGAUCAGGUCAAGAGGGAAUAUGGACACCAGUUGACCUGUUUAGAAUCGGGAACACCGCUGAAAGAUUUACCAGAUAUCUCUGUGUCGCCUGUCAACUCGAGCCCCCAAGAAAUGCCAGCCAUGAUGUUUGGACAACUUGCCGAAAAUCACUUUGUGUCGUAUAUUCAGGACUUACGACACAAGCGUGGAGGUUCGUUGUCGGGACUGUCGCUGGAGGAGAUUGUCAGAUGCAUCACAGACACCAUCAUGUCUCAGGAUGGAAUUCAGGCGUCCAGUACAAGUCAGGUUGCCUCUUCUGCUGCAUCAAUUCCUAAGCCUCCUGGCCUGACCUCUACGUGGGGUUACAACAACAUGCACGCCCACCAGGAGAUCUUCAUGGAGGAGAAAGAUCCGUGUGUGAUUUGUCAUGAAGAGCUCUCCAUCUCAGACAUCGCCACGCUGGACUGUAACCACCGCUUCCAUGAAUCGUGCGUACGUACAUGGUUCCGAGAACAGAGCACGUGUCCAAACUGUCGCGUCCAUGCCCUGCUUCCAGAAGACUUUCCAUCACUCAAAUAACAUGUCAGACUGAUGGUGUUACAAUAUUCAUUCAGUCAGUUAUAGCAUCCCGUUAAUAGACUCAAAUGAUUAUGAUGUGGUGUUCUUACCAUCAUAGUUAAAGGAUUGAAACAAUGAUGGAGUGUUUCUACAUCACAGUUAGUGGAUUGAAACAAUGAUGGAGUGUCUCUACAUCACAGUUAGUUGAUUGAAACAAUGAUGGAGUGUCUCUACAUCACAGUUAAAGGAUUGAAACAAUGAUGGAGUGUCUCUACAUCACAGUUAGUGGAUUGAAACAAUGGAGUGUCUCUAUAUCACAGUUAGUGGAUUCUAAUGACAAUGUUUCUUCAUCAGUUAAUAGAUUAAACUGAGAAAGCUGUGUUCUUUCUCAACACGGUUAAUGAGGAGUGUAACUUUAAAAUAUCGCUAUUGAACUUGAUGUCAAACAAAGACAAAUCAUGUUUUAUGCGAGAGUUUCAACAUUUACUUAACAGUAGUUUUGGUUAUCAUACCUAUUUACACAUGUUCAACUUUUAGACAUUUAGUGCUGUUUGGUGGUUUAUUAUAUCAUCACUUGAAUAUUAUCAGCGUCUGUGACUAAUGCUUUGUUAGACAGGAUCGUCCAGCUGUUGUUAUUUUCUGUUGCUUCUCUUACUCCAGUAGUAGACACAUUCUACUUGUUCUUCAAGACCCAUGGUAGAGUGCUCACCUGAGAUAAUGUCUAUGGAUAGCUUGCUGCUGUGUGGAAGAACCACAAGUACUUGGGUGUAAUUAGGAAGUGUUCUUCGUUUGAAAACAUUAAUAUUUUUGUAGUAUUAUAAUAUUAUUAUAUAUUAUAAUUAUAUCAUUAUGUUAUUGUUUGGGUUUUGGGUUGUUGUUUUUAGAUGUAUAAAUGUUUUACAGGUAGCAGGUUGUUAUUUUGACUACUUGCAAGGUGAUCCAAGAGCUUUUAUUGGAUCAGACUGUGAAAGGUUGAAGUCCUUGCUACUCCAGCCAUAGCAUGUUUGUCGACUUAAUUUUACUGGUGAUCAUCCGAAUGUUUGAAUAACAUUUCACAUGUACUAUUGGUACCUUGUUGAUACCCAAUAAUUCUAAUACUAAAGUCUAUAUGUUCAGUCGGUGUUGGUUACAGACGCACUGUUGUUACAGGAAAUGAAAUGAGGGGUGCAUUUUGGUCUGACCAGGAAGUGAAUGAUUACAUCUAAACAGGAAGUGAAUGAUUUUUGUCUAAUUGAUGACAUUUUAUUUUUCUUAUUAUAAAUAUGACAUUUAAAAAAAUUGUUUGUUACAAAUCAAGAGUAGAGAUUGUGUUUUAAUAUCACUAGCUGAAAUAGUUUGUACAAAAAGUAAAGAACCAUUUGGUUAAUUUUUUCUUACAGCGAUAAGAUUUGAUGUAGGCCUAUUAUUAAACUAGAAAAAAGUUCAGUUUUAUGUACUGGUUUUGAAAUGCUGAUUGUUGUAUUUUUAUCCAUUAUAACUGAAAUAAAAAAAUAAAUAAUAUUAA